AUGUCUUCGGGGGCAGGGAGAUAUCUCCGAUAUCUUCUGUUCGCCCUUUUUGGACUGGCAAUUCUCGUUUUUAUCUCCAGAUCAUCACUACCCCUUCCUCAAAACUACGACUUCGGUACCAAAAUUGGCUCAGAGAAAGAACAGAAACAGGAUAGCAUUCCCCAGACCCCAGCUCCCUCCUCGCCAGCUGCUGCCGGAGGCCGUGUUAAUGCGACCUUUGUGACCUUGGCCCGAAAUGGAGACGUGUGGGAGCUUGCCAAAUCUAUCCGGCAGGUCGAGGACCGCUUUAAUCGCAACUAUCACUAUGACUGGGUGUUCCUCAACGACAAGCCCUUCGACGAGACCUUCAAGAAAGUCACGAGCGCCCUGGUGUCAGGCAACACAUUCUAUGGUCUGAUUUCAAAGGAGCACUGGUCGUAUCCGGAGUGGAUCGAUCAGGACAAGGCGAGGAAGGUUCGCGAGGACAUGGGUCAACGGAAAAUCAUCUACGGCGAUUCGGAGAGCUACCGGCACAUGUGUCGCUACGAGUCCGGCUUCUUCUUCCGUCACCCACUGAUGCUGAACUACGAAUACUACUGGCGAGUGGAGCCGGGCAUCGAGCUCUACUGUGAUAUCGGUUUCGAUCCGUUCCGGUUUAUGAAGGAGAAUGACAAGAAAUACAGUUUUGUGCUCAGCCUGUACGAGUACUACGAAACCAUUCCCACCCUGUGGGACAGUGUCAAGAAAUUCAUGGAAAAUCAUCCAGAGCAUAUCGCGGAGGGCAACUCGAUUGGCUUUUUGAGCGAUGAUGGCGGCAAGACGUACAACAAAUGCCACUUUUGGUCCAACUUUGAGAUUGGCAACCUGGACUGGCUGAGAUCGGAGGCGUAUCUCGAUUAUUUUGACUCUCUCGAUAAGGACGGUGGCUUUUUCUAUGAACGAUGGGGUGAUGCUCCAGUUCACUCGAUUGCGGCCGCUCUCCUCCUCAAAAAGGAGCAAAUCCAUUUCUUCAAUGAGAUUGGUUAUUACCACGUUCCCUUCACGCACUGCCCGACCGGUGAAAAGACACGGCUGGACCUGAAGUGUCACUGCAACCCCGAGGACAAUUUCGACUGGAAGGGAUAUUCUUGUAAGUUUGCUGUAGUUGUCUGGAAGGACCUAUUUGUUACUAAUGGCAGCCAUCCAGGCACUUCCCGAUACUUCCAUAUUAACAACCUCAAGAAGCCCGAAGGAUACCAGGACGAACAGGAUUGA